AAAGAAACAUUGAUAUAAUGGUUUCAAAUUAAAAAAAACAAUGCAGUCAAAUAACGUGAACAAGUCAUUUGAAACAAAAGUAAUGUAUCAUUAAUUAUUAAAUAUUAGAUACAUGGUGUAAAAAGAAUAGCGAAGACUAAAUAACAGUGAGGAGACAUGUGCAGAUGUUACGCAGUACAUUUAGGUGGAUGACAGGUUCUUCAAAUAUGGAUUCUAAUAAAGAUAAUGACAGUCUCACCAUCAGUGAGAUUAAAGAUGAAUCUGUAGGUUCUGAUUCUAUAGAGGUGGAUAAUUCAAAAACAGUUUUAUUAAAAAUAGCAACAUUAUAUGCAGAACGUCUUAUGAAUGAUAUAUGUUUGGUUGUUGAUGGAGUAGAAUACCCAGCACAUCGUCUUAUUCUUUGUGCUUCUAGUGACGUUUUCCAAGUUAUGUUAAUGAGCCCACAAUGGAGCGAAUCUCAAGAAAGUAGAGUAACAUUGCAAGAAACUCCUCAGUGUGCACCUAUAUUUAGUGAAUUUUUGCGAUACUUAUAUACUGGUCAAAUAAGAAUUAAUCAUGGAGUAGUACUCCCAAUCUUAUCUUUAGCAGAUAAGUAUAACGUUAAAGAUUUAAUAUCGUUGUGCCUUGAUUACAUGCAAGAUCAUAUCGCUUUGGCUGCAAUACAUGGCACAUUGGUAUCAUGGUUACAGUAUACUUCUAAUUGUGGUCAUCGGGAUAUUACACAAUCAUGCCAAAAUUUUAUUAAAUGGAAUUUAGAAUUAGUCGCCAAAACGUCAGACUUUGGUAACUUUGAUCUUGAUAUUUUAGUGUCUAUGUUACAUCAAAGUAGUUUAGUUAUAAAGGAUGAAAUGACACUUUAUAAGUGUUUAGAAUCGUGGUUGGUUCAUCAGGCUAAUAGAUUAAAAAAUCAAUUGUCGCCGGAUGAUUUGGAAGCUACGUUGAAACAAUUGGUAGUUGAUGUUAUGUCCCUAAUUAGAUUUCCUAUGAUGUCACCUAGACAAUUGGCAGAAUUAUUAUUAUCACCUUUAACCAAAAAGUACAAAGAAUUUUUUGUUGAACGUAUGUCGAUAGGAAUGUCUUUUCAUUCUGGACAAAUAGAUAGAGUUAAGGAAGUUUGUUUGAACGAAGAAGAUGGUUGUUUGUUAUUCGAACCAAGACUUUACACAGUCGACACUUGUAGUUCUUUACUAACGAUAGAAAAUUUUCAUGAAUUACCAUCUUAUCAUACAAGAACACUUGUAUUUUCCAGUCAUUCAUGUCUGGCAGAAUAUGCCGGUGACAAGGCAUGCGAAUGGGUUGUUGAUAUUUAUCCUAAAGGUGUUUGGUUCAAAAAAUUUUUCCUUAUCGUUUGGCAAGGUACCGUUGAAAUGCCAGAACACGUCAAACGUUCUGUUAGAUUGUCUUUAACUUGUAAAGAACCACCGGUCAAUGAUGACACUGAUAUGAGAGUUAAAAUAGGUGUUUUAAUAUAUGGUCUUCAAGAUGGAGUUGAACAUAUUGCAAGAGUGACUGAAAUUAUACAUAGAUUUAGUACAAAAGAACGUGUUCUCAAUUUGGACGAUUUAUUACCAUUUGAGGAACUUAAUCCUCGAUUACGUACUAUAACUGAUAACACAGUAUCACCAUUCUUAGUUGGGCCCAAUAAAGAUACACUUAAAUUACACAUAGUCAUUUCUCCAGCUAAUUAAUGUCUGUCUUAACGAAUAUUAAUAUUCUAUUGUAUUAGGAAUAUGUUUGAGAAAAACAUCAAACAAAUAAUAUUUUCUCUCUA